AUGGGUCGCUUAACAUCAUGUUUAUUGGUAUUAUCAGUGCUAGUCACUGCUGCUUUUUGUGUAGAGAAAGCUAGAUUUGAUUUUUAUCGAGUAUAUGAAGUUACAGCAAGUGAUGAGAUCCAUUUGAAGAUCUUUCAACAAAUUUUGGACUAUCCUGAUGGGUACAAAUUCAUGACGACCCCAAAAAUGCUUAUAGGAUCAACAGCACAACUUAUUGUACCACCCCAUAAAUUUGGAGAAUGGAGUGAGUGGGUCGAAAAUUUUAAAAUCGAGGUUAAGCUACUGAGUAAUAACUUACAAGAAAUGAUCGAUAAAGAAGAUGCAGCAACUCAACGACAACGUCGUACAGGUGUCUACGAUUGGUCUACAUACAGAAGCUAUAAUGAGACUUAUGCUUGGAUGGAAAGCCUUGCUGCUUCUCGUCCUAAUGACAUUUCAACUUUUGUUGUCGGAAAAUCUUAUGAAGGAAGAGACAUCAAAGGGCUAAGAGUCAAUAUUGGAAAUGCAACUGGCAAACCGUCAAUUUUCUUUGAAAGCAACAUCCAUGCCAAUGAAUGGAUCGGAAGUCAUACUACAACUUACAUUAUGAAUCAGCUGUUAACAUCUAAUGAUGAUGAUGUAAAGGCGUUAUUGGAAUCAUUCGAUUGGUGGUUCCUCCCGAUUUUAAACAUUGAUGGUUAUGAAUACACUUGGAAUGUCGACAGGACAUGGCGCAAAACUAGAAGACCAACUCAAAAUCCACUUUGUCAUGGAGCAGAUCCAAACAGAAAUUGGGAUGUAUCGUGGGGAGCUUUUGGUGGAAGUAACCUUCCAUGUUCAUCAGGAUAUUAUGGUGACUUUGUCUUUUCAGAAGUAGAAACGAAGCAAUUAGCAGAAUUUCUCGCAACAGUUCCAAACUCCUUUGGAUAUAUUUCAUUCCAUUCAUACGGACGAUUGUUGAUGACUCCUUAUGCUUACACACAAGCUCCUGUCGAAGAUUUACAAAUAAUGAAUGGAAUUGGAGAAAAAGCAACAGCAGCAAUUUCUCCAUUCAGAGGAGUAAGUUAUAGACUAGGUAAAAUCAGUGAUUUCUUUGGACUUGUUGCUGGAUCAUCUGUUGACUAUGUAGCAAUCAAUCAGAAGCCAAAAUUGGUUUAUUGCUAUGAGUUAUCAAAUAAUCACAUAUUGCCAAAUGAAGAGAUUCUAGCUACAGGACAGGAACUUUUUGCUUCCAUUAAGACUAUUUUUACAGAAGCAAUAAAUCUUGGACUCGUCUGA